ACAGGUCCUUCAGGGUGACAUCACCAGCAGCAACAGACACAGCAGGCUCAGACAAAUCUGCAGCAGAGGUAGCAACUGCUAACUAAGUAAGGUAACAGUAGCAGAAGGCUUCACCGUAGCAGCAGAGACCAACAGCAGACCUAACCGCACUAAUAAAGGGUAAAGACUGACUGACUGGGCAAGUUAUUGAGCUGAGUUGUUGGUGACUAACAGACCCCUGCCAACCGUCAACACCCUCCUGCAGGAUGACUCGCCUGGCGCUGAAGGCACAGCCGAUGGUGACAACAUGGGGCAUGAUGGUGACACUCGUUCACCUAGCAGCCACGCAGUCCAUACAGAUCACUCCUUCUGUUAGCAGUAACGGAGGCGUCACCUUCCCGAUAUUCACUCCAUCGGUGCGACACGACCAAUGGACAGCAGAGUCUUCGAUAGCCAAGGAGGUGGUUGUGCCUCCACCAGACCAGGACAGGCGACGCUCCUCCUACCGCUCCGCCGACACUGGGCAGAUCAACAAAGCGUCGGACUUCAACUUCCUCUCCAGCAGCUUCGUUCCCCCCGAGACCAAUGUUGACAACACCACCAAGUUUGAUCUGGGUACCUUGACUUCCUUCCCUGCCUGGUCCUCAUCUCCAGGUGCAGAUAACAAUGCCGGGGGCGACCACUCCUAUCAGAGAUCGAACUACAAGAACCACACCGGUCGCUUCUUUACCCUCAACUCCGGCGGCACCCAGACCCUUGACCUGGGCCUCAGUUUCACCGUGCCCUUCCUCUCCAUCCCGGCGUCCUCAUUAAUGAACAUCGGGCAGUCUCUCGGGGCCACAACCUCCACCGCUUUAAACUCUCUCGUCAACAUCAACUGGAACUCUGUCUUGUCCAUAGUCUUGCCCAUCGCGCUUGCCGUCCUCAUCCUGCCUCAGGUGGCCACCUUGUUCACCAGCCUCAUUUCCAGCACCGGCACCGGCACCACCAGCGGCACGGGCUACGGUAGCUCUUAUGGUCGUAAUAUUGAACGAGGCGGAGGUGUGUUGCCGGUAGAGCCCUUCACUUCCAUCCUGAACCAGCUGGACGACGCCCUGGCUCAGUACGACCUCGACUCCACGUCCUGUAUGCAGCGCGCCGUCUGUACCUACGUGGCCGAAUCUGAGCAGAGCGUGAAGGAGGGUGACGCAGAUUCUUCAGAGAUGAUUGUGUCGGGUUUCGCUAGGAGCACGUGGCUGCAGACGCUGGUGGGUAAGACCUCCCUGACGGAGGCUGUGGAGAUGGGUCGCACUGGCGCUAACUGCCAGCUCCAGUACCCUAAGUGUCCUUUCUCCGUCACCGGUGUCCUCAGAUUCCUCGCUACUUACGCUUCCCUCAGCAGCUGAAAGGCCUCCCGCAAGUUCCUCACCACUUACGUCUCCCACAGGAGCUAAGAUGCAUCAAACUCCUCACCACCUACGCCUCCCACAGUAGCUGAGAGGAACUAUAUUACUCGUAACUUACACCUCUCUCAGUAGCUGUAAAUAUCAAAUCCGUUUAUCUAACACCACCAACCAUAACAGUGAAGGGGAGGAGAUGAACCAUUAUAGCGACCCUCCACCACAACAGGCAAAGGUGGGCGGCUUAUUAUGAUUAAGUGAAGUGAGGGGAUGUGAUGAUAGUUUUUCGGUCAUAUCACUGGCUCAAGAUCAUGACUUAAAUAACUACCUUACGUCAGUACAACAGAACGACUAGCUCCUUGACCUAAAGUAUAAUAUCUUAACUAUAAAAACGAUAACUUAUUCAGGGGGGUAAAGUCAUCGUUCAGAUAGGAUUAAGUUAUCGUACUCUAGGGGUUAAUAAGUCAUUGUACUGAAAGGAUUAAGUUAUCGUACUCUAGGGGUUAAU